AUGAACGAACGCUCCAAGCUCCCCGUCUUUACACGCAGCACGGCACUGCGACAAGCCGCCAUGUCUCGCUCACGGCGGCCAGACAGAGACACGAGCGCCUCCCGAUCCGACUCCUCCGCCUCCACCUCCCCCGAGCGCGGCUUCGACGAUGACAAGGACUCGAUCAUGCUGAAUUCCAAUGAUUCCCUGUCUUCCCUCGCACCCUCGGUUUCUCUCGAUUCGGACGACGAUGCUCGGCGACGGGCCAUUGAGGAGCAGAACCGAAUCUCACCCAUAUCCCGCCUACCCGCCGAGCUCAUGAUAGCCGUCUUUGCAAAACUGUCCUCGCCCGCCGACCUCAAGAACUGCAUGCUAGUCUCCAAAGACUGGUCCCGAAACAGCGUCGGCCUUUUAUGGCACAGGCCGUCGACGAACAAGUGGACGAACGUGAAGAGCGUCAUACACACAAUACGGACCGUCGCGAGCUUCUUCGAGUACAGCAGCCUCAUCAAGCGCCUCAAUCUGUCGGCGCUAGGCAACGAAGUGAGCGACGGAACACUGGGCCCUCUUUCCGUGUGCAAGCGUGUCGAACGAUUGACGCUUACAAACUGCACCAAGUUGACCGAUCUGAGCCUGGAGGCCAUGCUGGAGGGCAACAGGAGUCUCUUGGCCCUCGACGUGACAAGCGUGGAGGCCCUGACCGACAGGACCAUGCUCGCCCUCGCCAAGAACGCAGUACGGCUACAGGGACUGAACAUCACAAAUUGCAGGAAGAUAACAGACGAUUCACUGGAAGAGGUCGCCAAGAGCUGCCGUCAUCUGAAGCGCCUCAAGCUGAACGGAUGCUCCCAGCUCACCGACCGGAGCAUAAUCGCAUUCGCCAUGAACUGCCGCUAUAUCCUCGAAAUCGAUCUCCACGACUGCAAGAACCUCGCCGACGAGUCCAUCACGACCCUGAUCACAGAAGGACCACAACUGAGAGAGCUACGGCUGGCUCACUGCUGGAGAAUCACGGACCAGGCCUUCCUUCGCCUGCCCUCUGAAGCCUCAUAUGAGAGCCUUCGCAUACUAGAUUUGACCGACUGUGGGGAGCUAAACGAUGCGGGAGUUCAGAAGAUCGUAUACGCAGCGCCACGUCUGCGCAAUCUUGUCCUCGCCAAAUGCCGCAACAUCACAGACAGAGCCGUGCUUGCAAUUACGCGCCUCGGCAAGAACCUGCACUACAUACACCUCGGCCACUGUUCGCGAAUCACAGAUGUGGGUGUUGCCCAGCUGGUCAAAUUGUGCAACAGGAUACGUUACAUCGAUUUGGCGUGCUGUACGAACCUUACAGACCAGUCUGUCAUGCAGUUGGCUACACUCCCGAAAUUGAAGCGCAUAGGACUUGUCAAGUGCGCAGCCAUCACAGAUCGCAGUAUCCUAGCGCUCGCCAAACCGAAGCAGGUUGGCAGUGGCGGACCUAUCGCACCUAGCGUACAAGCCUUCCUCCGUGAUGACCUCCUCGUGUUUUGCCGCGAAGCACCGCCCGAGUUCAACGAGCACCAACGCGACGUCUUCUGCGUAUUUAGUGGCCUAGGCGUGGGCCGAUUGCGCUUGUUCUUGAACACGCACGGGCAGGGCGAACUCCGUACCUACGACGGUGAAGGCACCAUGUACGCCGAUGACGAUGGCGACCAGAUGGGCAACGUGACUGCCCAAGCAGCUGGCAUGGUCAUGGACGAGGGCGAGGAAGAGCCGUUUGGUGACGACAGUGAGAUGUUAGGCCAGGACUAA